AUGUCGAUUUCAGUAGGUGAUAAAGUCCCGUUUAUAGCCUUGAUUGAGUCUCUAAACAGCUGGGAUCGUACCAAAACUGCUAUGCAAAACGUUGCAGGCAAGAUCCACACGGGUCUCCAACACGGCGUGAUCAGACCUCCCCAGCCGAACUGCCUCCCGUUGGAUGAAGUCACGCUCCCGCAGAAACUCAAGGAGAAUGGCUACGCCACUAACAUGGUCGGUAAAUGGCAUAUUGGCUUUUACUUGGAUGCUUGCUUGCCAACUGAGAGGGGCUUCGAUUCUUACUUUGGAUACCUGAUAGGAGCUGAAGACUAUUACACGCACAUGCGCUCCUACAAUGUCGGUUCCAAGACCCUAUCAGGACACGACCUACACGCCAACAAGACACCGGUCUUUCAGUACGAAGGACAGUAUUCCACCCAUCUCUUCACGAAUAAAACAAUUGAUGUCAUAGAGAGGCAUGACAAGACAAAGCCACUCUUCAUAUACCUUGCAUAUCAAGCUGUACACUUUCCUUUGGAAGUACCUGACAGCUACAUGGACCCAUACAUGAACAUCACAGACAAAAACAGACGUACCUAUGCCGGAAUGGUAUCUUGCAUGGAUGAAGGUGUAGGAAACGUCACAAGAGCUCUAAAGGAAGCUGGUCUUUACGAUAAUACCAUCAUCAUAUUCUCAACAGAUAACGGGGGUCCAAUCCAAAGCGGUGCCAACAAUUGGCCACUUCGGGGAAGCAAAGGAUCCCUCUGGGAGGGAGGGAUCCAUGGAGUGGGGUUCGUACACAGCCCUCUUCUACCAACGUCAGUCAAAGGAACGGUCAAUCAUGAAUUGAUUCAUGUGAGCGACUGGCUACCGACUAUUGUAGCAGGCAUUGCAGGUGGAGCGUUGAAUGGAACUAAACCCUUAGACGGCUACAAUGUCUGGAGCUCUAUCAGUGGUACAGCCUCGUCCCCUCGAAAGGAAAUCUUGCACAAUAUCGACUCGCUUUACAUCGCUCCCGAGAUUCUACCGAGUUACUUUGAUGGCGAGGAUUUUCUGUGGCGAUUUUUGGCGCGAGUUUUGGAAGACAAAUUCGAUACGUCAAUAAGAGCUGCGCUACGCGUCGGAGACUGGAAAAUAAAGACAGGGCCAGACGCAUCGGCAUCCGAUGUGUGGCAGCCGCCAGCCGAGUCCGGACUCCAUACGAUAUAUCCGAUAGAGAAACCGAACCAAAAGGUAUGGCUCUUCAACAUAACCGCCGAUCCUCUGGAGCGAACCGAUCUUUCAGGAAAGUAUCCGGAUGUUGUCGAUGAGUUUCUUCAGAGAUUAGAGGAGUAUUACAAAGGUUCGGUUCCCGUGCGGUAUCCAGAUCCGGAUUUGGAAGCGGAUCCAGCCUUGCAUGGCGGUUCAUGGGGUCCAUGGGAGUAAAUCCAUAGCAGGUUUAAGGUGAAACUGCUUCAAACGAUAAAAAUAGCAGUGGUUCUACUAGGACCCGACCCCCCCCCCCCCUGACCCAUAUAUGACAUGAAAAUGGUUGGAUAGAGAAGAGGAAUGAACAGAAAAGGAAAAAUAAAAUGGAAAAAAUAAACUGGAAGAAGAAAAGAUGAAGCAUUGGCUGAGCUAAUUGAUUUGUCAGAUAAUUUCGUAGCAAAACAGCUCAUCAAAAUCCAGGUGAAAUUUGUGUUUGUUUGUCGUAGAACUUUCGGACUUUCCCUCCAUCCUGUGGCAGAAAAUCCUUGAUCCACCAAUUCACGUUGCAGUAACCCAACGGCUAACAAGACCGACAACAAGUAAUUUUACGACAAGUAUUAACCCUGAUUUAAAAAAAAAAAGAAGUUGUUGUUAUUUACAACGACAAAUGAAUACAAUUGAUCUAGACAUCACAGAAGAAUCUGUUAAAAAGCAGAGGUAAAAUAAAAAUGUUAUUUAUAUUUACUAUUUCAUUAAACUUUUGAUGUAAGGUUCAAUUGAUACAUAUUCUGAAUAAAUUCUAAACUCGGCUUCUAAACGAGCGUUUAAACUAGAAAUAAGAGGCAAAAGUAUUGCUAGCUUGUUCCCUGUUAAAAAAAUGAGUUCAUUAAUGUUCCACAAGACAAUUUAUAUCAUGAGAAACAUGUUCUUUCUUUCUUAUAACAUAACUAUUUUAAUUUACUACACUUCUAUUUUCUCUAUGGCUUAUAUAUAUAUACCAUACAACGACAGUAUAAUGCAAUGAUUGUGCACUCAUAUUGAUAUGGAAUUUACAAUACUCUUGUCUAUGGAAGAACGUGUGUUUCCUGAAAAAAAAUUCAAGAAAUCUGAAGCUGGUCAAAUUCACGAAAAAUGAGAUACAUUUAGGUCUUGCCUUAAAAAAUAGAAACAUUUUAAACUAUAAUUGCAGAAUUUAUUUGGAGAAAAAAAUGGUGCUCAUUAUAUAAAUGUCUUACGUACCGAAAAAAUAAUAACCUAUGGUUUCUACAGUUUGGUUUUAGACACGGUAAUACGACGAAUAUGGCUCCUCUUGAAUUUGCUAUUACGAUAUCAAUGUUUAUGAGACUAAAUAUUUUUUUUUGGUGAUAUUUUUUAAGUAUUCAAUUAUAUUAAUCACAACAAAAUCUAUCGACGAGAUUUAUCGUCACGAUAUCCAUGGAAUAACACUAAAACGGUUUUAAAAUGAUUUCAAUGACAGCAAACAUUUUGUAUUUGUAUACAAUAAUAAAUAAAAUAAAUGAAAUAUGUGUGAUAUAAAUAUAGGAGUUUCCCAAGGAUCGGUAGUGGGACCGCUGUAGUUCCUUGUUUUCAUUAAUGACUUGCAAUAUGUAAGCCACAUAAUUGUUUGUGUUAUAUUUACAGGUCGCAAAAUCUUGUCCAUCUUUGUAAAAGAUAUCACUUAAAUUAACCAUUCAUUAAAUGUUGAAUUAAAGUCUAUUUUUAAAUCGUCUACCAAAAACAUAUGGUACAAAAUCAAAGAAGAAACGUGUUUUGUAGAUUUCAAUAAAAAAUAAAAGGAUAAAUGAAAAGGGGAUGAAAAGAUACGUGGAAAACAAUGACAUUCAGCCAUUAAAAUAAAUUGUUGAUGCCUUUAUUCACGAAACUUUACCUAGAGAGCACACAAAUAUAUUGUUGGUUUGAGAUGUCUACAACAAUAAUUGGUGCAACAAGUCGUCUGAAAUGUACAUUACCGAAUCAAGUACUUUUAACUUUGUAUCGUACAACGAUUUUUUUUCAUACAUAAUGUUGUGUUCUACCUAUGGGCUCAAAGUGCCCGUUGCCUCCUAGACCGAGUUUUAGAAUGUUAAAAAGGUGACAUUCGUAUUAUUAGCAAUUCAGCACCUCUUUCCUGUGAUUCUGACCUUUUUAAAACGUGCAUUUCCAAUCGGAGCUGUUCUCUUAAUAUCAAAAAAAUGUAUCUAUAUGACAACUUAGACGUGCCCCAAAUAAUUAGAUUUUGGGGAUGUUGUUGCUUCUUAGUGCUUGUGUUUUAGUUGUUCUUUUCAUUGUAAUGUUACUUAAUUCGGCCUAAUUAAUCGUAUAUAUUUUCUUAUCCCAAUCUCGCUUGGGGAUUAUCCCGAAAAUGGCAUUAAAGGUAUUACAAAGUUUUGGUAAAUUUUGAAAAUUGGUUGGA